CUGCCACAGUCUAUGAGGAGCCCACGCCCAGGAGCCAGGACCACUUCUCCGACAACAACAGCCAACCCACUUGCUUCAUACACCCUCCGGUCUCUUCUCCGUUGGCACCAAACAGCGAUACUACAGCAGAACCCACAGUACAGCGCAGCACAGACAUGACAUGGAAAUCAGGACAUGGGCAGGGGCGCCCGCGAGGAGUCCCCAAGAGCCCAGGACUUGCUAUCCCGCAAACCCGGGACUACCAGUUACGGUACCAAAUCCGGUCACCACUGCUUACCUACGGACUACGGUGCCCAGCAUCGCCUUCACUUCCGAUGCUCUGAGGAAUGUGGCAGUCUGCACUACUGUACUACAUCCAGUGCUAUACUUUCCAGAGCUCGUGUCAUGAAACUGAAAACAGACCACAGCAAACUUAUCCAGAAAUAGAGCUAGGUGAGUUCAGGCGAGCUAGUGCGAAGUGACUUCAUGAUCUACUGGUCCAGCAAUAUCCGAGCGUGUUCGUUUCUUCUCUUUGUUUCUUCGCUUGGUCUCUUUGUGCGUGCUCAGCGGGGCAGGGAUCGGUUUCGAGAAGCAUGGCUAGAGGGCGGCCGCUCUCAAAUCGCUCAAGCAGCAAGCGAUGAUCUGCGACAACCGUUGUUUUAUUUUUCCUUAUGAUCCUGUCCACCACCAACCUGUUGUUUCUGCUGGCUGCAUUUGGGUAGUGCCGUGCAUGCGGGGCAUACAAGCGCCUCUUAAGACAGCCCUUAGCGUCGCCGCUAGGAGCCCCUCCAGUCUCGAUGCACAUGAGAUGACCCCUGCCAAUCCCAACCCGUCGUUUAUGUCUCGCCUAAGGGGCCUGGUGCUAUCACUGGGAUAUCUGCUGAUGACGGUUUUCGGCUCAACUCAAUUCUUUCUGUCUGCACUGCACUGCAUUUCACCCGCCGGAUCUGCCAGUGGACGGCAUUCUUCGUUCUGGAAUAGUAACAGUUCAGGCUAUACGAGCGGCGGUCUGACCGAUCUACUGCCAAAAUGAGACGUGGCGUCCAACCAGUUCUGAUACUCACCACCCCAGACGCCUGUUUGAUAUCAACAUGCGGGCCAAGAAUCUUCUUUGGCAAGCCGUCGGUCCACGUUGCUGCUUUCUUUCGUUCGUUUUCAUACUCCGUCGUAUUGCUGCUGAUCUUCCAAGAAUAUUGAAGGCUUGCAUGGUUCACGCUACUUGUUGAUGGGGCUGAACUCAACCAUGAUAUUCGGUGAUAUGAUGAUGUGCUUACUACUAGCGGAGCAAACUUCUUUUCGCCUCAGCCUUAAUGUUUGAGAUCUAGUGAUCCCCGACGAGAGAGCUUGGGUUAGUAACUUGUCACUUGCUUCCGUCCACCAACCAGCGCCGAGGCUGGCCAUCUCUAGGCUUCAUUUUUACUCAUUGUCUGAGAUUUGAUGCUGCUACUACUCUACACAACUACACUCGCUCGCCCACACCGUCGUUCAACAAGCCCCUCGCGCAAUUUGCACCCCACUUCGCUCGCUCAAGGCAAAACAUAUCAGAGAAGUGUGAAGCUGUUCGACUUACUCUAUGGCGACAACCCUCUGAAUUUCUCCCAACCGACGACAUGGCAUACAUCACGGGUGUUCACGCAGGUAAUUGGGCUGAAUUGAAGCAGCAUUGGUGGCAACUGGUACUUGUCAGCUUGGCUCUAGCUUCUAUUGCAGUGGGAUGUACAUAUUUUUCUUUCCUACUGUUGAGAAAACUUUGGCGUCACAUAACAACAAAGAAAGGACUAUCCGAGGGCCUUAGAGACCGUGUCUCCCGCCAUCUGCAGAAGUAUACCGUCUCGACGUCGCAGGAUUCGACCAUCGAGAAGCUUGACAGGAAAAAGCCGACAUCUUUGGGAAUAUACUUGGGCACAUUCGACUCUCCGAUAUCCGAUGCGCAAAGUCAAAGGCUCUCGGAGCGGGAUAUGAUAAUCCUGAAUCCCCUACAAAACUAUAUUCCAAGGGCACUGGCAGAGUUAUCAGGGCGUCAGAAUGUUCCACAGCGAAUCAUUGGGAGACUGGAUUUGAACAAUGUCUUGACGGCAACGACACCUACUCGAGCAUCUUCGAAAUUCAUCCUGUCAUGUCUUGAUCGAACAAUGAGCAUGGUUCUUGCGGCAUUCCGGACAUCAGAGGGUGGCAAGAAUGAUUUUACUGGAAUACUUCUAGCAGGCUGGGAGAUAUUCCCCACUCCCGUCUUCCACGAACUCUGCACUGUCAUCUCUACAUUCGGUCUUGAGAUCUAUGUAGAGACAUCUGCGCCAGAGUUCCUUGCCGACGGGACUGCACUAGCUUGUAACGCUAUUUCGGGUCUCAUCAUUCGCAAUGGUCUUGUACUUCCAGAUGGCGAGAGACGUGACUGCUUCGACAUGGAGCCACUUCGGACGACCGUAAAGUCUUUCGUGUCCCAAUCUUGCAUCCGAGACUUCACUGUCUUCGUUUGGGAAACCUUGGAUGACGAUGUUGUCAUUUCGAAUGCAGUCUUGAAGAGAACAUUCGCUUGGUGCAACUUUUACAGUGUGGUGUCUUGGAUUGGAUGUCAAGGCGCACUCACGGAUGCGACAGUCGAUAUUGUCCAGAUGGAGCCGCUGAGCGCAUUCGCCUGGUUGAAGGAACCCAGAGUGAUGGAACUCCAUGAUAUGUGGAAGAGUAAGAAAGUUAUUCAACAGUCAAACCAUCGACACUCUGUCAUUGGACGCCUCAGCGCCAUGCUUCCGACUCUAGAAACUGCAAAGAAUGAUUGCGCUUGUCAGCAUGAUGAGGAAUUGAUUGACCCUUCCUCGAUCAAUGCAGAAUUUCAAGAGAACAUGGAAUGGUUCGUCUUGAGAGAUGGAAUCAGCGGCGAUCCUCUAUGCACAUCGACAGCCGGCAACUCAUAUGAUGGACUUGGAUGUUUCCCGCUGGGGCUGGAUGUUUCUCCCGAUGAUUUUCAAGAGGUUGUCUUUUCUCAAAGAAACUUAAGAAAGCUUGAAUUAUUAGAUGCCGUGACGCCGGCUGAACUUCGGAGUUAUGGCGCCACCUUCGCCAGAUUCGUUGCUGCAGGCACUGUCCCUUCCGAACCAUCAAUGCCUGGUGUUCCAUCUGUUCGACAGGCAAUUGGGAAAAUGGCUGAUAAAUUGCAAUCUUCCCCUGAAGAUGGCUCUGAUGGUAUCCGAGUUUUCCUCGGACUCCAUUCUGGAUUUCAGCGCACCAUCGAGAAACAGUUUUGGGCCGUCUACCAUGCGCACCCUGCCAAGGCUACUGCCGAUAUUUACAUAUCCAAAACCGUCAAUGAUGUGAUGGGCACACUUUUGCACACAUUUCUGUCGUGCCAGGGUCUUACGCGACGGGAGUGCAUCGCAGCAGAAACAUCUUUUGCUCGCUGGAAUCAGACACUGGUUUCGUCCCACAAAAUUCCACCAAGACUAAUCCAAGAUGUUGAACUUCUCUCUCCAGAAGAAUGUCUCCAACUCUUGCAGCGAGUUUGCCUUGCGCCAAAUGCCGAAGAGGACUUUCUCUUGUGCGGUAUCAAAUCUGCUGCUACGGAGCGAUUGGUCGAUAUCCCGACCUGGAACCAACUGAAAGUUGUCAACACAGUCGGUUACUUGAAUGGUGAUGUCACGGUCGAAGAACUUCUCGAUUCUCGUCUUCAAUGGCACUGCCAAUCAAAGCGCCAGCACCCAAGUCUCUCAGCAGCGGUUGCCCUCUUCCGCGAUGUUGAAGCCAAAAUUGAAGAAGCACUGCGAACUCGUAGUCAUCAAAAGCUCCAAACCAUCAUUGAUGCUCUUGGCAGGCUUCUUAACAGCACAAUAUAUGGCGCCAUUGGUGAUCUCUAUGCCCUUUCAGUCUUCUGUACCAUGAGAAAAUUUGCUUUCGAUGAGGUCUAUGUCGAGGUAACGGACAGAAACCCGCUUUUCAACGAUCAAACAGACCAGUCUGCCGCAUUUGCUGAGCUAUUCGCUCUCGGAUCUCGAUGUGAGGCUUAUUUCGACUGUUCUCCUAGCCAGUUCGGUGAGCUUCUUUCUGGAAAGUAUCGCACGCACUACUCUUUGUCGGAGAACCAGCCUCCUAUGUUCAAGGACACCAUGGCUGCACUUCCAUCGGCGUACGCCGAGGCGCAAAUCGAUGUGGAUCCAAAUUACAAGCCCACUGAGAUGGCAUCCUAUAAGAGAUUUACUUUCUUGAGCGUGUUCGCCAUUCCAGCGCUGAUCGAUAUUCUCAUGCUCACAACCACAGGGCAUGGAUUGUAUCUCAGUGGUGGAAAGGAAGGAGCAGAGUACAUGACGCAUGAUGAGCAGCACAGUGCUACCACUGCAUUGAUGAUUUCUCUCCUGCUCUCUGGUGCAAUUGGGACCUGGAUUACAUGCGGUGGAACCUUCUACCUCGCAUCCAUGGCUUUCUCAGCUAUGAACUAUUUCGUUGUCACCCGCUUGCUCGGAGGUCUUGCUUUUACCCUCGUUGUAGGCAUCGUUGGCUUCAUCGCAUUCGCUUGUACGGUCACCGUCUACCAUGCUGGAAUUUUCCUGCUAUAUCUAAUGGUCUUGACGACAUAUCUAUCGCUCCUUGCGGCACUUGCUAAUUACCAAUUUAUCGGAUCUUCGUUCCAAUCAGGUCGCGCAACUAUCAUAGCAUGCAUUCCAAUCUUGUUCGUAUCUCCAAUCGUUACAAUGUUUGUACCUCAUCACGAUGUCGCCAUCUACCUGACAGUACUCUUUGUUUUCGUUACAAUGCUCUUUCUCGGAGUCCGUCGCACAGGAGCUCAAUGGACCACAUGGUACCAGAAGAUAUCUCUUGUCGACGACCAAACUCUCAGAACCUGGUUCAUUGAAAACAAAACUGCAGGUAUGGAUGGAAUCGAGAAGAUGUCCGACCCAGCUGUGCUCAGAUUCGCACGAGACGCCUUACUUAAGGACGUUUUGGCGGAGCGCAAGAAAUCAAUCUUCUCUAAAAAGACUCGUGACCCUCUUGUUCUCAAGUUGGUUCGCUCAUACGAAGCUACAAGUUUCUUGAUGAACUGGUAUUGUCGCUUUACUGGAGUACCACAACCCAUCAUGUUCAGUUCGGCUUGGAACGUCCAAACCAAGGUUGCUCUCUUCUCCAUGCAGAAGUCGCAACUUGGUAUUCGAUUCCACAACGGCUUUCUUCAUUGGCGCCAAGCUGGUGAUGAGAUUGGCUGUACCAUGCUGUAUUUCAUCGUCGCAUUGCUCGACAAGUGGAUCUCUCUUCUCAGUGGUGGCGACCUGAUUGGUCUCACCAGCUCCAACGUCUCUUUGACAAUGCCUGUUGGUUUCGGUCUCGCAUACUAUCUUGUCGGAGCCGUCCUUCUUGACUUUAACGCGAACAAGCUCCACGAGCUUGCUUCAAGGACAACGGAGGAGAUCAUUCCAACUGAUGGAGACCUUGCACAGGCGCUCAAGCAAAAGUCCGAUAACCGCAGAAAGGUGUACUGGAAGACGCUCGCUCGCUUCUUGAUGCUCCAUGUCUGGGGUCUUGCAGUCACUUCAAUCCUCCUUUGGCUCUUUGCUAGCACCAAAGACAGCGAAGGGACCAUCAUCUUCUUGUCCUACGUCUUGGCUUAUACCGGUCUACUUUGGUAUCAGUAUACCAAGAUAUUUUCGGGACCACACGCCUUGAAGCCCCUUCUUAUUGCUGUUGCCAUCGGUCUUCCACUUGGCUUCAUCUUGGAAUAUGAAGCACCAGACUUCAUCUACUCGAACGUUGUCGCACUUGGCGUGUCAUGCUGGACAGUCGCCAUCUUGUCACUCUGGGCUGGCAAGAUCGUCGGACCUCCCGAGGAGAAGAUGCAACCCCUGUCAGCCUCAAAUGGAGCCUACAAUGCGUACUCGAGCCCUGGUGCUGAUCACGAAUGGUCGCAGCCUGAACUCCAGAGUCUGUACGAACAGCUUUCAGAUCUUUCUGAGAAGGAGCGUCUCUUGGUUGAUCCCGAUUCCGAGUUCGGAAGCCAAGUAAAGCUGAUCCUCGAACAAUGCAGCCAUGCCGAGCUUCCUGAGAUUGCAAAGCGAGCUUUCCCAGAAGCCGAGACUUUACUCAAGCUCAGCAUCCAAAUGUUCAGAGAACGAUUCAUCCACGUCGAGCUCAUGUCUGUUGACCACUUCUCCGACCCCAGUAUGAGGGCCAUCAGCUCAGUUGAGAACGACCAGAUCAGACUUCUCGUUGCUUGCGAGACCAAGCGCGUUUCCAAGACGGAAGACCCACUUCAGGGCUUCUACUGGGAUGUCGCUGAGCUCCUUGUCCAAGCGACUGCUGAGAGAUACCUUGGCUUCAAUACCCACGAUGCCUUGCUCGCGAGAACUCUCUGGCUCAGCAAUGGCAUCUGGAACAGCGUCAAUGGACCUGAUAUUCUCGAGCGUCAUCUCAAGAUCCAGACAAAGAACCUGGCUGAAGUUCAGGCUUACCUGAAGACGCAGAUCUUGCGAGAUCUCUGCCUUGGAUUCGAUGCAAACUUGGACUCUGAGGACAUGCCCAGCGAGCUUCGCAAAUAUCUCAUCAACCGCUGUGUCGGUGUCGUCGGGCCUCUCAAUGACAAGCAAAUCGCUUCAAUGAACAAGAAGCUCAAUAAAACUAGAGGCUUGUCCUUUGAGACCUACGUGGCUCGCUGUAAUUAUGCCGUCGUCUCCGGUUCUCGUAUGCUAAGCCGUGUCAAUGUUUGGGCAAGUCGAGACCACUCAGUGAUGUCCACGCGACCAUCCAGCUUCCAGCAACGAGACAGCUAUUCGCGGUCCAUCUCAUCUCGUUCCAACGAUCUCGAGUCUGCUCAACAGUCUCACCUCCUUCUCGAGGCGGCAUCUCCUGGUUCUUCAAUUCGUGUCCUGGAUCUGCUUGCACACGCUACACCUCCCAAGCUUUCAUUGUGGGAUCGUGUUCAGCACUACUCGGGUGUCGUGUACCAUUUCGCCGGCAAACUCUGCAAGUUCUUCAUGAUCGCAUUUGUUGCUGAUCCCGAAUACCAGAGAGAGUUGCGCUGCAGUUUCCCUGGAAACUCAAACAUCGCAAAUGUUGUCACCAGAUUCUGUCUCAUCUCCAUCUGGCUAUGGUCGAAGGCAAUUCAGCGAAUGUUCCUUCCAGUAUUUUUGUUCCACAACAGAAAGAAUGUCGUUACAGUUUGGCGGAACCUCCACGGUAUGGAGGUUUCUAUCAAGAGACGCCGUAUAUUGAUUCGAAACCUUGAUGGUACUUCUACUGGCUUCAUUCAUCCCGUCGAUGGUGAGAGUUUUAAACUCCUCCAAUACAAGGGUGACCAUAAGACCGAGCCAUCUACCAACCAGAGUCUGAUCGCGAUCAACAUGUACAGUAACAACAUGUCCUUAAAACGCCGCGUUCAAAUGAACAACGGUAAUACGGUGAACGAUUAUGUCUACGAGUACCGAAGCACAGACCCAGGAUCCUCCAAACGCAUCUCCAAGAGCGAUCUUCUGAGAGCGCCGAUCACCCGAAAGGGCAUCGCUGGCAAGAAUGUGCUUCAAGAUGUCUCUUACAACGCUAAGGGACAGAUUGACUCUGGUUCCUAUCUCCUCGACGGCAAUAUGGUCCGCUUCAAGUAUCAUUAUCAGAAGGCUAGCAAGCACGGCGGCGCACUUCUGCGAGCUGAGUUUGUCCUUCCGCAUAUGAGUUGUACCGUCGCAUGGUGUGCGCCACCUCGACGCAAGCCCGAGAGACUCGACUCUUGGUUGCCUCAUUCUCAAGUCACAGAAGCGACAUUCGUCGUGGGUCCAGAUGUCUGGGAGAGCAAAUACAUGUACGACCACAAGUUCCACCCGACCAUCCUCACUACUUUGAAUGGUCAGAAGGUCGACACGCCAGAUCUGAUCUUGUACGAUCACUUGAACGUGCUGAAGAAGCCAGCCCAUGUUUCUUUCUUGGAUGACAAUCCUCUCUAUGGCUUCAGUACCAUCAGAACCACAGCUGUGUCUCGCUGGCUCGGCUUCCACACUCGCCGCUUCCCAGUCUCAACCUCGCAAUCUCGUUCUUGGCUCUGGAAGGCAUGGAAAGAAGAUCCUGCCUUCGAUGGUGUCAUCAUCCGCUGGCUGGACGAGCGUCUCCUCCGCCGCGAUGAAGUCCUCGCACCAUACUGGCGAAAGCGAGAUCUUGCCAAGCUGGAUGCUGCGGAGCAAUAUCUCGACAAGAACAGAGAUGCUAUCAUGGCGAGCACGGAUCUUGAUAACACUGUCUCCAGCUGGACACCUCUGGCGAUGAAGAUCAAUGAUCUUUACAGCUUCGGUCAAGGAGGUGAUGCUUGUAGCCGCACUCGCUCGAAUGUUACUACACAAGAGGAUGACGAGGCUGCUCUGCAUGUUAUUGCUGUCGAUACCGGAACUUGGCCAAACGAAGGUGGUGGUGUCUCUGCUUGCCGCAGCGAUGUUAUCAACAACCUCCGCACAAUCAAGUGGCACAUGGUUGCAGAGUCAGCAAACGACUUUGGCAUUCCAAAGCGUCAAAUCGAGCGUAAUAUCCACUCUCUCAAAGUCAUCCCUCUGUGGGGUCUGGAUCUCAUGACACCAACUCACGGUUUGUUCAACAACCGUCUCGAUUCUGAGGUUGAGCACGUUACCACUCACACCACACUCCUGGAUAUUGAGCGCAACUUUGUGCCUAUCCUCACUGCUCUGGUUCGUGGUGCGCGAUCCUUGGAUUUCUCAAUGGCAGAUAUCAAGCAAGUCACUCGAGCUCUCAUCAAUCUGAACGCCUACUUCGAGGAUGGCCGUCACUGGAGUGCCGUCUGGCGCAGUGACGCCGUCAAAUCAGCCUGGAGAAACCUCUGGCUUUCUCAGAACGCUGAGAAUGCCACGCCAUCCUCGCAAUGGUUCACAACCGAAAUUCCCACCCUCGGCCAGCUAGACCAAGGUCUUGAGCUAUGGUCCAGAUAUCUGUUCAUUUACUCGAUUCCCAUCCCCGAGAAGAUGCCAGCCGUGUUCCAAGCCUCCCACCACAGUGUGAGCGCUUCCUAUGGCAUCGUCUGCAAGAUCAAGCGUGGAUGCCAAUUGCAGAUUUGGGAUCACGCUAUCAGUUGGAGAGAGACGAACUUGUAUCUCUCUUCUGCGCUCUGUGCUCUCUCGCCUUUCACGAGGAACUCUCUUUUGGGUCUCAUGAGGGUGACGAGUGUGUUAACGCUGCAUCAUGCGGAUACCAUUCUUCCAUGCGCUGAUUUCUUCAACCCUAACUGGGAGGUGGAGAUUGGUACUUGCCAGGGGAAGAUUGAGAAUAGAAGCUCGUUCAAGAGAAAGAUCGAUCCUGUUGUCAAUGGCAUUACGAAUAUGGAGCGAUUUGCACCUGUUCAAGAAAUCAAGACUCAGCAGCCCACUGUCACUAUGCUGUCUCAUCUUUGGUUCGCGAAGGAUAUUAAGACUGCCUUGCUCGCAGCCGAUAUUAUUGUGAACAAAUGGGGCUUCACGGACUACAAGCUGGAAGUCUAUGGUGCUAUGGAUAAGACUCCAUCAUACACUACGGAUUGCCAGGAGAUCAUUGCUACCAAGUCGCUUCGACACAAUGUCGGCUUGAAGGGUGAAGCAGACCCUAUCGCCGUGCUUGAGCGAACCUGGGUCUUCCUCAACUCCUCAAUCUCAGAAGGAUUACCCCUCGCCCUCGGCGAAGCCGCCCUCACAGGCGCCCCCGUAGUCUGCACCGACGUAGGAGCCUCCCUUCGCGUCCUCACCUCCCCCGAAGACGGCUCCUGCUACAGCGCCGUCGUCGCCCCCAACGACGCCCUCGACAUGGCCCGCGCCCAAAUCAAGAUCCUCGCCCUCCUCGAAGAAUGGGCCCCCUACGCGGACUCCAACAAAUGCACUCGCGAAACAGCAGACGCGUCCUUCCCGCACGAUCCCACCCCCGAAGACGUCGCUCGCAUCACCCGCCGCAUGUACGAGCAAUCUGACGCUCGCCGCGCCCUCGGCAUGCGCAGUCGUGAAAUCGUCCAGAAGAGUUUCAGCGGCGAUAGAUAUCUCCGCGAGCACGAACAGAUGCUGUGGAUUGGCAAGGCAAAGAAAGACAUGUCGCUACCCAGCCAUGCACGCCCUUCAGCACGCAUCGUCACUCCCGCCGCGGUCCGCAUGUCUACCCUGUCUGGCUUCCCUAUCCCGCAGCCUUCUCUGCACCGCGAGAGUAUCGGCAGCAAAGUCAGUAUCCAUCGCGGCACAGCCGGGUCUAGCAAUCGCGACUCGUCGCUGCCGAGUCUGUCGUUCGCGCAGGAGAGUACGCUGCCGAUUAGUAUUGGGUCGGGACCUUCGUCGCCGGCUGCGUAUGCGAUUGGGCAGACGGAGUGGUUGAAGAGGCCCGUUGGGGCGGCGCAUGUGGUUAAUGUGAGGCCGGCGCACUCGAGACAUGCGAGUGGGUUGGCUGGGAGCCCGCUGGCGACUGAUGGGUUGUUGGCUGAGCGGGUGGUGUGAGUUGAUGAGAUUUUGUGGUGGUGAGAUGGAGAUGAGUGUGUAUGAGAGUGGAUGACCGGACAUACAGACGAAUGUGGUAAUGACUAAUGACACGGUCCGUCUUGGUCCUGGCGCUGGAGUGGUAUAAUAUUUCUGUCUAUCUUGCAUGACAUUGGCGUUCAGGAAUUUAGGAGUUCCAAAACACUGCAUUGUAUGGCAGCUUGGAUACGAUACGAUGUGAUCGUUGGAUGGGAAAAUGUAUGAUUUCAUGUUUGGAAGCGGGUGGUUGAACGGGACACCCUGCUAUGGAUAGUAUGCGAGAAGCAGUGUGCUGCUUGUUCGGACGAGAUCGUGCUACUAGACAGACAGACAGACAGACUAUCCUUAACUUCUCUUGUAAGGAGGUAAUCUAAUUUUAAUUUGAUAUCUAUUUCACUCAUAUUAUAUCUAUAUAUAUAUAUAUAUAUA